UCUUUAACAUAUUUUUUUUCUAACAAAACUAGUUUUUUUGUUAAUUCAAUCAGGUUUGUAACUUCUUAUAAAAUUGUUACUUAUAAUAUUGCUACUAAAAUAAAGAGUCUGUUAUUUAAAAGUAAUUUUAUUUACAUUUUUUUUAGUUUUCUUUUUUUUGUUUUGUUUUAUGCACUUCAUUAAACAUUAUUAUUUUUUCUUUUUUAUGGUUUUCUUCAUUAUAUGAAAACUAGUUAUUUAUAUAAACAAAACAUCAUUUAACAAAACACGAUUUGCAAUUACUUCCCUUUCAAAAAUUUAUUAUUUGUUGCUGAGUAAUAGUGCUUAAACAGUGCUCUUAAACAGUGCUAUGGUGUUAGCAUAGUAAUGUCUUAAUCAAAGAAUUAAGGACUAUCGCACUACUGAUAGCCAGCACUAGUUUUGUUAUGGCAAUUUUCUAAGAUGAUAUUGAUUUACUGGAUUUUGAGUACUUGAAUUGUGCUGCCAUCUGGUAAAGGCAGAGUACAGUCACACAAAAUCUGCAAGUUUAUAUAAAGCACUGAAAAACUCUACUACUGCUUUGGUAUGUUAUUUAUUGGCAUUUUAUGGUAGUUUGAUUUCAAUUAUAUUUCAUGGCAGGUCAAAUGAUAGGUUAUUCAUAAGUAAUUCAUAUGUUUUCACGUUAAGAUGGCAAGCUGUGUAAUUUAUCUUUCACCAACAAGUUUAAUUGAAGAUAAUUUUAGUUCAACAUUUGACUUAUUUACGUUAAAACUAAUGAAAAUGUUUAACAUUACAAAACACGUUUUUGAAGAAAAUUUUGAAAAGAUUUCAAUUAUGUAUUUUAAUAAAAUCUGGUUUCCCAUAUAUGAAGAAAGCGACUACAAAAAAGCACUAUUGAUAACUAAUUGCAAAAUUAGUUUAUGCAUUAAUUUUUUUGUACUGGUUUCCACCGACCCUAGCAGAAAAUAUUUUCCAGCUAAAAAAUUUAACGAUUUAUUUUUUCAAUCCGAUUCUGGUAUUGACGAAGAUUUUAAUAGAAAACUUCAAAAUAUAAUUGACGCCUAUGCGCAUUCGAGUAAAUGUGAUAAAAUAUGUAUUCAGCCAUUUCUUGUAGACUUUAGUUUUAAAUUAUACGAUUUAACAAACGACAAUGUUUUUAAACAAAUGUGUUUUUCUAUUCUUCUUCGAAAAGCAAAAGGAUACUCCAGUUUUAAUAUGGAUGAUGUUGAGUUGGAAAUUAAAUGGGCAGGUGAACUUUCCAAUCAGGCUACAAGAUAUAUAGAUAUCUGGAAUGGAAAGUUUUCAUCGAAUAUGUUAUCUGAAAAACUAAAAGAAAAUAUUGCUAUAGAAGAUUUUGAAAAAAAAAUUGAAGUUACCUUAACAAACUUAAAUUAUCUUAGGAGGUUAUUACAACCUGAUAAUUGUUAUUCGGAAUCUGUUCGAAGACUAAUAAUAAAUAUUUUAUUAUUACCCGCACUACAAUCUAGUGAUAAGUUUACUUUUUCACUAAACACUGAAUAUAAUUUGUUAGACGAAUCUAACUUCAUAAAAAGAAUUGGAAACGGACCCAUAGAUUAUGUUUUACUUGGGAGAACUCAACCAUUGAUAACAUUAUUAUUUGAUAAAACAUGUGAAAACCCCCAAACAGAUGAUUUGGAGGAAAUUGAAUGUGAGUUAAAUCCAACUAUUUUGGAAGCAAAAAUAGAUAUAGACAUCAAAGAUUUGCCAAAAGCUUUGUCGCAGCUAAUAGCUCAAAUGCUAGAUGCUUUACAUGUUAUACCAUCUAGAAAGAGAACUCAUGAUGGAAUGCAUCCUCAACAUGUCCAUCACAGCGUUAAAGGCAUGUUGUCAACUGGGCAUCACUUUAUGUUUUUUUCUUUAAGUGAAGAUAAAGACUUUAAUUUAAUACCAACACUAGAAUACUACGGCAAACAUUCCAUCAAUGUUCUCUUAAAAAAAAGUGGCCGUAGCAGUGGGCUCAAUCCCAACGAAGAAGUUAAAAAAAGUGAGGUUGAGAGUAUAUUGAGAUCAUUACAUUAUUUUGCGAUGUUUGACUAUGAAUAGUUAAUAAAGUUUACAUUUAUUUUAUAUAUA